AAUUUUGUCUGUGAAGAAGGAGGCAGAUUCAUUGCAGGCCCUGGUGGAUAGAAGUUCAGAGGCUACAGACACAGGAGGGUUGGUUAGUCUGUCAACAGUAGCAAACAGGGCACGUGCAUUAUUAGUGCUGAGGGUUGUAGGAAAACAUGGCUCAAUAGAGCUGUGACUCAGUCUGGCUACAGUGCUGCAAAGUUGUUGUUUUCCUCUAUUAAUCAUGAGGCUACUCAGGCAUUACGGUGAGCCUAAAUAUAUGUUCUGCUCCGUUGAUGCUUUUAUGUUCCUCAAAUGUAAGUCACUUUGGAUAAAAGCGUCUGCCAAAUGAGUAAAUGUAAUGUAAAUGUUUUAAGAAUGUCUUGCCAUAUUAAGCACCAACCAGCAUCAUUUUAUUUAUCAAAAAGUUUGCUUUAAUUUGCCAGUUUGGGAGCUAAACCAUACUAACACUUGUUGUUGUUUUUUUAUCUGUCUACAUCUGAGAAAGCUGAAUGUUGACUUGUGUCUUAAUGCAUUUUGAACUGCCUGGUGUUCAGUCUGUUGAAAAUGUCAAUCUCUUUCUUGCUUUCUUUCAACCUCAGAUUCAGUAUAACAGCAAUACAUAAUGUAAUAAUAUUUUUAGUGCAUAAUGGUCAAGUCAAAGUUUUCAAUUUCUCAGAAACAACUAUUCACCACAUCCUGUAUACAUUAUACUGUGUAUGCUGAAGGUGGCAUUCCUGGACCUUGGACAAACUGGGACGUCAGAGAAAAAAAGUCAAAGACGCCUGCCUUUCCAGAGGUCUGGUUGGUUGGAGGUGUAUCAUCCAGAGGAAUAUAUGAGGGAGUUGACUGGACUUAAUAUUCAUGCAUUCUGAAUUGCCUGGGGUUCAGUCUGUUGGUUGUGGUACAUUUACACUUUGAGUGUCACAGAUCCAGUAGAAAACAUGGGCACCGGAUACUCAGAGCCAACUCAAGAGCACUAUGACAUGUUUUAUUCUACAAUGCUGGAACAUAUUUCCGAGCACCCAAACUUCGUCUCCAAAUUUGAUAUAGGCAUAGACGAGUCUCUACUGAAAUAUUCUGGCACAGACUCAAACGCUCAGCUGAUGGCCUACUCUAAUGAGCUGCUCACCAAAGUGCCAGGCUACAUUGCCCGUUUAGGAUCUAGUUUGGGUCCGAUUACUUCAGCGCCAAAUGCUGUUGGAAUUGGAGCAUUGGUGAUUUCCAUGAUCAUGGAGAUCUGCAUUUUGAGCACCACUCAAACUAAUGAUAAUCCAUACAGCAUGCUCCAACGUAUAUUUGGUGAAGAGAAAGCCUCAUCUGUCCGGGACACAAUGUCAGAGUAUCUGAAUCGCCAUCAAACAUUCAUUGACAACGAACAACGAUUAAGGGAGGAAUUACGGAGACUAGAAGCCCAGCUGAGCAACCAUCUCACCAUCCUCAGAAACUCCCUGCUGCAUGACGGACAGAUGGGCACCCGUGGGUUCAAAAUCUGGGUCAAUGGAGCCUCCUUCCACCUCCAGAUGUUGAUCCAUGAAGCUCGACUGAAUCCUCAGACUGGCAAACGUGCAUCAGCCUACCAGACUGCAAUCACAAGAGCUAUCAGUUCAUAUUUGCAGAACCUGGAUGAUUUGCUUAAGAAAUUCAAGACUUUCAUAAGGACUGGUGAGCCACAAGGGGAAAAAGGAGAUUUUCUGGAUUAUCUUUUCUUAAACUAUGAACCAAUCUCAGGCUUGAAGAGUCAUUUUUUAAAUGUCAAUAACAACCUCUUAACUCUCAUCAAACAACACGAUACAUUCACUCUGCCGUCAAGAAACUGAGCUCUCUUUCACAGGUUAGUUUAGUUUAGAUCUCUCUGAUCACUUUCCGUAAAUAUCACUAAUCGUAUAUACUUAACACAGUUAUGAGAAAAACUAUAAUGUUAAUAAAUAAAUUCUGUUAGUUAUUGUGCCCUGACUGAGUGAGAGGAUUUCUCUUGAAUUCAUUGUGUCAGUAAGGAUUCACUCAAAGUGUCAUUUAAAGAAUUGCGUGGAAGCUUUGUCAACAACUGAACUUUCUGUGAGAACGUGAGCAGUGUGAUACAGGCAGCCUGUUUGUGAACAGAUUCACCCUCAGUGAGCUACAUCAGAGUGCUGCCAUCUUGUGGUGUAAAUAUUCACUUACAUGACAGCAGAGAGUCUUUAGCAGAACUGUUCUACUGUUACAAAGCCUCAACCACACUGACUCACAUACACAAUUGUCUUUAAAAUAACUGAAACAUAUGGUGUGGCUAUUAAUCACUAGCGUAUGCUUGAUUUGCUAUUUAAACACAAUUUCUUUUUUCCGUCUGUACUAAAUUUUCUAUGUAUCGUGUAUUUCACAAAUUUGUGUGAUUUCUUUGGAUUCAUGUUCUUGUAUAAUUUGUUUCUUGUAGUAGUAGAUUAACUCAUGUAGAUCACAAACACCUGAGUGAAGAAUGUGUAUCAAUAUAGAAUAUAUUGCUUAAAAUGCCUGAUGAAAAUCCAAAAGUUGAUUUGUUACAUUAAAUUUAACAGCAAGUACUGUG